GAUUUAAAACAACAUUUCUGUUGUAAUUCCAUUAUAAAACGCGAGUGCUCAUACCAAAAUGGCUGUUUUACAUAUCGUGUUCUCAUUUAUUCACGAAUUAUUUGUAGUGGGAUUCGUUGGUUUUCUUCUAAUUUAUGUGUGGUUCAAAUAUAAGUAUACGUACUGGACGAGAAAAGGGGUGACCGGACCAAAGCCCUCUUUUCCUUUCGGAAAUUUCAAUGGUGUUAUGAGAAGAAAAAAACAGUUCUUUCAACCGUUUUGUGACGCCUAUUUUGAAUAUAAAAAGUUACCGUAUGUGGGCCUUUAUUCGUUUAAUGUGCCAGUUCUCAGUAUCAACGAUCCUGAUUUAGCGAAGCAAAUUCUUGUGAAAGACUUUGAUAGUUUUCUUUCACAUGGUAUGUCGCCUAAACCAAAUGAUGGAGAUCCCCUAGGAGGACAUUUGUUUAAUCUAUAUGGAUCACAGUGGAAAGCGCUUCGAGCGAAGCUUUCACCGAUGUUCACGACAGGCAAAUUGAAGACGUUUUUCCCAUUAAUCAACAAAGUUGCAGCAGAGGCGUUGGAGUACAGUGAUGUGAUAUAUGAAAAAGGAUUAUCAUUAAAUUUCUCAGAAUUUUAUGCAAAAUAUGCUAUGGAAAUCAUUGGCAGUAUCGGUUUUGGAAUUGAAAACGAUGGAUUCAAAAAAGAAACUGAGUUUUUUAAAUUUGGACAUGAAUAUUUUCAGCCGAGCUCAGUUUAUUGGACACUAACACGAGCUAUUUCCUAUUUUACACCGGGCAUUUUGGAAAAACUACAGCUUAACAGAACCAAUCCAGAAAUCAAUCAGUUCUUUUACGAUCUUGUAAGAGAUACAGUCAAUUUUCGGGAGAAUAAUAAGUACAUUCGCAAUGAUUUCAUACAGGCCCUUAUUGAUUUACAAAAGAGCGAAAAAGGAAGUGAAAAUAAGGGAUUUAAAUUUACGAUUACUGACGUCGCGGCAAACGCGAUGUUGUAUAUGUUCGCUGGCUACGAUACAUCAGCGACAACGGGAAUGUUUAUGGCCUACGAAUUGGCGCGUAAUCCAGAAAUUCAGACCAAAGUUAGGGAAGAAAUAAAGUCUGUCCUCGCGAAAUACAACGGAGAAAUCACAUUUGAAGCGCAAAAUGACCUUAUUUAUAUGAAUAUGGUUAUUGAUGAAACAUUGCGAAAGUAUCCGCCAUUACGUGCAUUGUUCCGAAGAUGCAACAAAGAUUUUAAGAUGCCCGACAGUGAUUUAGUUAUAGAAAACGGGACUCUAGUGUUCAUACCAAUACAGGCGAUACAUAUGGACCCAGAUAUUUUUGAGGACCCGGAGAGAUUUAACCCAGAGCGAUUUACCCCUGAAAGGAAAGCUAAAAUGCAUCCAUGUCAUUGGAUGCCGUUUGGAGAAGGCCCUCGCAAAUGCUUGGGAUUACGCCAAGGGUACAUUCAAUCGAAGAUUGGUCUAAUAAAACUAUUGACUAACUAUGAAUUGUGUUUGGACAAGAGAACUAUAACGCCAAUAGAAGUAAAAGUAUCAUCCAUGUCAACUGCAGCCGAAGGAGACAUUUGGAUUAAAUUAAGAAAAAUAGAUAACUUAUUACAAUUAACUUCUUCGAUACUCCAUGAGAUAUUUCUCUUGGGGUUUGUCAGCUUACUUUUACUAUACGUUUGGUUCAAAUAUAAGUUUUCUUACUGGGCCAGAAAGGGAGUACAAGGGCCAAAGCCGGAGUUCCCGUUCGGAAAUGUAAGAGAAGUUAUCCAGCGAAAGAAGCAAUUCUUCCAGCCAUACUGUGACACUUAUUUUCAAUAUAAACAUUUGCCGUAUGUCGGAGUUUAUUCCUUCCAUACACCAGUGCUAUGUAUUAACGAUCCGGAUCUAGCAAAGCACAUUCUAAUAAAAGAUUUUGACCAUUUCCAAUCGCAUGGGAUAUUCUCAAGUGCAAGUGUUGGUGAACCCCUAGGGGGACACAUUUUCAAUAUAGCCGGACCGAGAUGGAGAACACUUCGUACGAAAAUUUCACCAGCUUUUACGCCGAUAAAACUGAAGUCGUUUUUCCCCUUGGUAGAGAAAAUCGCAUCCCAAGCGGUUGAAUAUGGUGACGCACGCUAUGCAGAAGGGAAAUCUAUUGACUUCUCAGAAUUUUAUGCAAAAUACGCUAUGGAAAUUGUUGGUAGUAUAGGGUUUGGUGUUGAAAAUGAUGGAUUAAAUAAGGAUACGGAAUUCUAUCAGCGAGGAAACGAAUAUUUUGUACCAACAUCUACAUAUUGGACAGUAAUAAGGGCCAUAUCAUUUUACGCUCCCAAUAUUUUCAACAAAAUGGGGGUGAACCGUACUAACCCUGCCAUUAAUAACUUCUUUUACGAUCUCGUCAAAGACACGGUUAGUUUCCGAGAGAAAAACAACUAUUAUAGAAACGACUUCCUGCAAACGCUUAUAGAAAUACAGAAAACUGAAAGUGAAAAACCAGUUGGCGAUGCAAACCAAUUUACGUUUACUGACGUAGCGGCAAACACUAUGCUCUACAUGUUCGCUGGCUACGAGACAUCUGCUACUACGGGAAUGUUUGCUGCCUACGAAAUGGCGCGUAGGCCUGAUAUACAGGACAAAGUCAGACAGGAAGUACAAACGGUCCUCGCAGAACACAACGGCCAAUUCACUUAUGAAGCCCAAAAUGAAAUGACUUAUACGAAUAUGGUGUUAGAUGAAACAAUGCGUAUGCAUCCACCACUACGUGCACUGUUCCGGAGAUGCAACAAAGACUACAAACUGCCUGACUCCGACUUAGUAAUUGAAAAUGGUACCCUAAUAUUCAUUCCGAUUCAGGCAAUACAAAUGGACCCAGAUAUUUUUGAAGACCCAGAAAGAUUUAACCCGGAGCGAUUCGCGCCUGAGAAGAAAGCUAAAAUGCAUCCAUGCCAUUGGAUGCCAUUUGGCGAGGGCCCUCGGAAGUGUCUAGGUUUACGUCAAGGCUAUAUUCAGGCGAAGAUGGCUCUGGUGAAAUUAUUAACAAAGUAUGAAUUCACUUUGGAUAAGAAAACAAAUGAGCCACUUAAAAUUAAGCCAACAUCUUUGGCUUGUGCUGCAGAUGGAGGUAUAUGGAUAAACUUAAAGCCUCUAGAAAACGCGUGCAAAUGAACGCAUUCAAUAUAUUACCGAUUUUGGUGACUUAUUCAUAAAAACUACAUCGGUUUUAUUGCCUUCUCUCUGGCAAAUUGUUUGCCCUGUGAUAAAAAGAGAUUUUCUUAGUGCAAUAGGAUUGGUUUAGUUCAUAUGAAUAAGAGGGACGUAUAUUUUAGUUAGCAUGAUGUUUGGUUUAAAUUCGUUACAAAAAUUGUUAAUUAUCAAAAAUCUUGUACACUAAAAUAUGUGUAAUGUAUAAAAAAUUCAAAUCAAAAAAAGGUUUUUCAAAAAAUCCUGUUUUUUAGGCAAGAUACCAAAAUAUAUUAAAUAUUAAAUGUUUUGCAGUUUAUUAUAUGGUCUUGUAGUUAUAGUACUAUAUUGGUCUGGACUUCUUUAUCAUUAAAUAUUACUUAUUA